UCUCAAACACAGUCUGGCUCUACCGUGUCAGGCUCACGGUCGCAGACUGCGUCGGGCACUGCUUCCUCGUUUCUAUCCAUCCCCCAAUCAGCCCCUGCUGGGCUUCUUACCAUCACCCAGCCGCCCCAGCAGUCGACCUCUUAUUUCAAGGUUGCUCAGAACCAGUUCAUUACGUUCGGAUGGAAUUUCAGCUACAUCAUAGCCACCCCCACUCACCUGACCGUUUCCGCUGUCUGCGAGAAUGGAAACACGUACCCCGUCGGCCCAACCGAUGGCGUUAUUCCAGGAACUGCCACCAGUGUUGUUUGGGAUCCGUACAGUUACCAAACCUCUCAUCCCAACCUGCCGCUUGCUCAGGCAAAAUACACCCUCAAAAUUUGGGGAGACGGAGGGCCUGACGCUGUGCGCGAACCAGGCGUGCUUACGCCCAACAGCGCGCUGCAAUUCGCGCUGUAUACGCCGCAGGCUUACACUCCCAUCACCAGCGGCUGGUCUUGUGCAGGUUGUUCUAGCGCUGUGUCACAGCAUAUUGCCCACCCCACAUUCAUUGCCCUCAUCGCCACCUUAAUGGUGAUGUUCAUCUCUGGCUCAGCACUCUUGCGACGAAUAUAA